AUGGCACGCGAAGGUAUGGCUGGCUUCGUAGUGGGCCGACAUGGCCAAUCAAUCAAGCCCGAUCCAUCUUACGACGACGUGAAGCUUCCGAUCAAGCCUGUCAAGUCGAAGAAGGCCGGCGUAGGUCCAUCAACAAGGCCUGAAAGCGUUCCUCCAAUUCCUCCUAUUCAAUCUCUUCAAGAUGUUCCGCGAACACUCUACGAUACUGACGCCAGUCUUGAUGAUACUACCACCACGGCAGGCACCAGAGUUCUAGAGCAGCCGUCCGGAGAGGAGAGCAGACCCGUUAAGGAUGAAAUGCCGUCGGAUGCGCAACCGAACGAAGCAUUGCAAGGCGAAGGCGGCGAACUCGAGUAUUAUACCACGGAUGACGAAGCUGACGAGGAGCAUGAAGGCACCGUGCACCCGCCACAAGGUGCAGAAGCACGGCAAAAGCCUGACGGUCGUGGUCUAGGUCGCAUCAGUGGCGACACUUAUCCUGAGACCACCUCUGGCCGGCCAUCAACCACCAAUGCUGACGACGACCGUGAGUAUCAGACUUCAGCCUACCCGCAGGGCCUUGGUGCGCAGUCCGUGGUCAUGCCCGGGCACGGCGCUGGCACUCGUCUAUCUCACGCAACCCAUUCCAAGCAAGUUCUCCCACCUGGUCAGAGUGGACAUCAGGAUCGUGCUGGACCUCAACAAUUCCACGCACCUCCUGGUCGGCCUGAAGAUUUCGUGAAGGAUAUAGGUCAAGGCUUUACGUUUGCGCGAAAUGAAUCCCACCCCAAUCGCGCUCAUGCUGCUCCAAUGCCGCACUAUCACAAUCACUCUACCAAGCCCGUGCCAGCCAGCACCGCUCAACACGGUCCUUCGGCAUCGGGCAAUGGUGUUCCCGGGAGACCUGCACGCAGACAUGGUCCGACUCAGCACAUCAAGCCAGAACCUCAGCCCGUCGCUCCGGCGCCGGUCCAGCAGAGCACACGGAAGCGGCUGUCUGAGGGCGCUCUUCGUAACGCCACGCCUGAGCCUCAACAAUCUCAAGAGCCACAGCCACCACAGUUCCAGAUGCAACAGCAGUCUCGAUCUCGUAACGUGCAAGUGCCUCAGGUACAGGCCUUUGAACCACCUGAGAAUGAGAUGAUGUCUGAAGUUGGCGAAGAGAAUAACUACAACAACAUUCCGCCAGAAACCCCUGUCGAGCCACAGCAUGGCACUCGCGAAGCAGCCCCGCUGGACCACUUUCCACCUCAACUCUACGGCAUGUCGUUUACCGUCCUCAAGGCUGCUCCGUUCGACGUAGAUCCCAAUGCAGCAGAACCCACCAGUCUAUCCACACUCCAGCCACACGAUCCACUACCGAAGAGAAUGGAUGCAUUGUUUUCCAUGGAAGACCGGGCCAAAGAGGAGUAUUUCACCUCUCUCGGCAUCGAGGAGUGGGAGGAGGCCGGCGAUUGGUUCCUUGAUUCCUUCACGAAACUUACCAAUCGAUUCAAGACUGCACGCCAAGAAAAGCGCCAGAUCGCCCGGGAGUUCGAGAACGAAGUCGAGUCGCGAUUCGAGUCUAUCUCCAAGAAGCGGAAACUGAUCACUGGUGCCAUGGAGGAGAUGAAGGAGAGCGGUGGAAAGGUACUGCAGGGAACUCCAAAGAAGGCACCAACUCAGUAA